CAGUGGGCCCUUAAAGUGUAUUGUAUGGUCUCGUAAGCCUGGAAACUUUUUUCCGACAAAUUUUGCUUUCCUACUUUUCAGCGCUCACUCCGAAGUUGAUGCCUCCUCGCAAGGGCAUCGUUAAAUCCGGGAAUGCAGGAAAUUCAUCCAAGAUUAACAAAAAUUCUGGCGCAGGUUCGCCAUCGCAGUCAGCUGAUGCAGAGCAAGAAAAACCACUCUUCCCGCCCGGAUCCAAGUAUCCUCUGAGUCUACUUCAUGAGAGGUGCCAAAAGAAUGGCUGGGACAAACCAACCGUCGAGACGCGUAAACAUGGCAACGAUUGGUCUUUUGUCGUAAUUAUCACUCGAUUUGAUAAGAAAACAUCACGGGCAGAAAGUGUCCGACUUGAACCUCACCCACCUUAUUUGAGGCCUACUGCGCUUGAAGCGCGUCAUUGGGGUGCCACAUACGCCUUGUACCGUUUCUGCAAUAGGAUUCAGCUCAAUCUCGUAUUACCACCUGGGCCUCGCGAUUACUGGACCGAGCUAGUUGCAGAACAACAAAAUGCUCCAGAUCACAUGAAAUGGAUGUAUGAUGCUGAUCCUUUUGCCGCACGUAGAGCAGUGGACGAGAGGCAAGCGAAAGCAGCCCAAAAUAGACAACAAGGACAUUCAAAAGAUUCCAUGAUGCAGGUGUCCAAGGAGUUUGCUCACGCCCCCGAGGUGAGAAUGACCACUGAGUUGCGAGAUUUAGUGGAAGAUGUUGUCAAGAAGGGAAAUGCGCUGCACUUUGGUGACGACCCUGUGUUAUCUAUAUUGCCCGCGGAGGCGAUACCAGCUGUUACCCAGCAGCUUGGUCACUUGAACUUCAAGUCCGAUCAAAUACGCAAUACGUUGGCCUUUCUAUCCAAACCUUCGCCUCUCGGGGGUAAUUUAUUGAAUUCAAUGUCCCCGCUAGAGGCGUGCAUAGAAUAUCUAGUUCUUCAUCUCCCAGAAUGCGACCUUCCAGAGCGCUUCUUUCCCGGAAAUAACUCCUCCAAUCCAUUCAUUGUCUCCGGUCACUCUGGCUCUGAUGACUUGGAAAAGAGAUGGGUGGAGGAGAAAAUCAUCAAAGAGGCUGGUUUUCCCGCACGUACUGUCAAGGAGUGUACUGCUGACAGACAAUCGGUAAAAAAUAUGGACCUGCUGAUGGCCUCUUUGGACCAUCGCCUCCUAGGUGAGGAUGUGUGCGCCCAAGCCAAUACAGACGAUAUAGUGCUGGCUAAUGUCGUGGACGGUUUACGAAGUAAUGCGGAUGAAGCAGAGGCUCUCGGGGCUCAUUUUGUCGACGCGAGCCAUAUAUCAAUGCCUCUAUUCAGCGCGCCUGUGGAGCUACAUGUUUUGCUACCAUCUUGUUCUGACCACUCCUUUCACAACUAUCCUCCUGUGUAUAUCACAUCAAAGUCUGUCCCGCCAUAUAUGCGGCUUCAUCUUCUCUCACAGCUGUUGCAAGAAAUGAGACAGGAUGGGUUUAUCGAGCCAGGGGAAGGCUUUCUCAUGGCAGCAAUGAGGGUUCUCGAGGACCACUGGGCACGCGCUGAAUCCAACGGUUCGCCGGAUAUGUCGGAAGUGCUUAAAUUCUUGAUACCUUCGCCCACUUCAUCGCCAAUUAUCCAUACCUCUACCUUACGGACUGGUCUUAAAGAAACGGCGCGUCACAAAGUCCGACAUCGCGGUGACAGUCGAUCGAAUGCACAGGUCAAGACAGAUUUUGAACAAUUGUGCCAAUCCCAGGCAUAUGUAACGAUGCUGUCCGUUCGUCGACGCCUUCCUGCAUUUGCUGCCAAGGACAAGUUUUUGUCCUUGCUCGAACACAACCGAGUAGUUGUCGUGGUUGGAGAAACAGGGUGUGGCAAAACCACUCAACUCCCGCAAUUCAUCCUAGAUUCGUUGGUAAUGUCGGGGCACGGAGCCGAAGCUUCAAUCAUUGUCACCCAACCUCGCAGAAUUUCUGCCGUAUCUGUUGCUGCGCGGGUUUCGUCAGAACGUAUAGACGACGGCUCUGUCGGAUAUGUUAUUCGUGGAGAGACUAAGCAUAGUCAAGCAACCAAGUUGCUCUUUUGUACGACCGGAGUUGUUUUACGAAGGCUAGGCUCCGGCGACGGGCUGAAUGAUGUCACACACAUUGUUGUUGACGAGGUUCACGAACGUUCUGUCGAUGGAGAUUUUCUUCUUCUAGAACUCAAGGAAUUACUGGCACAACACCCUACACUAAAGGUGGUGCUCAUGUCAGCAACGAUCAAUCAUGAAACAUUUGUGAAAUAUUUCAACAACGCCCCGAUGUUGACUAUCCCAGGCUUUACGCACCCAAUCACAGAUAUGUACCUCGAAGAUUACAUUUCCUCAGUUUCCUAUAAACCGGCAUCAAUCAAACCAAAUAUAAAGGAAUCGGAAGAAGAGAAACAUGCCUUCCGGGAUUAUUAUAGUUCUCGGGGCCUCAGCGAAGAGGCGACAUCUGCCAUCCAAAACAUCAUGCGAGCGGAGAGGAUUGACUAUCAGUUGAUUACUGCUGUUGUUCAGCAUAUCGUUGCAACGUCGCAACGAGGUGGAAUUUUGAUUUUCCUUCCCGGAGUUCAAGAAAUUCGUUCCUGUAUUGAAGCAAUUCGCGGCACGCUCGACGGGAAAGCCGAGAUAUUACCUUUACACGCGAACUUGUCAAACGAUGAGCAACUUGCUGUUUUCGCAAAUACAAACCGAUGGAAAAUCAUUGCCGCGACAAACGUUGCUGAGACGUCCAUCACCAUUGAAGACAUAAUCUACGUCGUUGACUCUGGAAAAGUUAAAGAAAUAGGUUAUGAUCCAAUAAGCGGACUAUCUCUCUUAAAAGAACAAUGGGUCACGCGCGCUGCAGCCCGCCAGCGCAGGGGUAGGGCUGGUAGAACGCAGCCAGGAUUUUGCUACAAGCUUUAUUCUCGAAAGCAGGAAGAAAAAAUGGGCCAUUUCCCAGUACCAGAAAUUUUACGAACACCGUUGGAGAGCAUUUCGUUAACCGUGAAGGUGAUGCGCGAGAGUGAGGAUGUGAAGCAUUUCCUGAACCGGGCUAUUGAUCCUCCCGAAGUAUCUGCAAUGGAUAAGGCCUGGAAUGUCCUGGAGGAGCUCGGAGCCAUUGAUGCGGAUGGCCGUUUGACUGCUCUUGGGCGCCAUAUUUCAUUGCUCCCUGUGGAUUUGCGACUGGGGAAGAUGCUUGUUCUUGGCACGAUUUUCCAAUGCAUAGACCCAAUUCUUACGGUCGUAGCUUGCCUCUCGUCAAAACCUUUAUUCGUUAGUCCAAUGAAUAACAGGGAUGAAGCCGCUCAGGCGAGACUACGUUUUGGCGAAGACAAGAGCGAUCUACUCGCAGAUGUCAAUGCGUACAACGAAUGCAUGCGCCUUCAGUCUGAGGGCAAGAAUCGUAAAGCCUUGAAACACUUCUGUGAAGAGAAUUUUAUCUCGCCCGCCGCUGUCAGGGAGAUCACCUCAUUACGCCACGAUUUCUUCUCCUCUCUUUCAGAUCUCGGUUUCAUCCCGCGUUCCGCAACAGCGAGUUCUCAGGAACUGAAUGCCAACAGUACGAACACAAACAUAGUCAAAGCCGUCAUCCUCGGCGGUUUGUGGCCUCGCGUUGUCCAAGUGCAUCUUCCACGUUCAGCGAUCAAAUUCGACAAAGUGCAAGCGGGAACUGUUCAGCGCCAAAAUACCGCAAAAGAAUACAAGAUGCAUGAUCUGAUAGAUGGGCGCGUCUUUCUGCACCCCUCGUCUGUCCUCUUUGGAGAGUCGACGUGGAAGUCGCCGUUCCUAGCCUACUUCCAGAAACAGAUGACCAGCAAGGUUUUCAUCCGCGGGGCUACCCAGGUUCCGAUCUACGCACUGCUUCUCUUCGGUGGACCUGUGUCCGUCAAUCACAUCGGAGGUGGUCUCACGGUUGGAAAGGGUGGCAGCAUUGUCAAAUUGAAGGCAUGGCCCCGCAUCGGAAUUCUGGUGAACCAACUCAGGCGCCUGCUUGAUGCGCAACUACAGCAAUGUAUUGAAGAGGGAUCAAUGUUGAGCGCCAGUCAACAUAGUGCCGUGGCCAACGCCAUGAGCGCGUUGCUUGCAAAUGACGGCCUGUCCGGAUAAUGCCUCACCAAAAAUUGACAGUUGGUCACGAAUAGAGCGGAGGGUUGCAUCGAAAUACUA